AGACUUUAUCAAUGCAAUGCCUUCUGAAUUUCCACAGCAUAUUGCACAAAAUUUCAAAGGAAAUGGGAUCCUGUAUGCCGGUGGUGGUGAAUAUAAUUGGCUAGUACUGCUAUCAAUAAGACUUUUGAGAAACUCUGGGUCAGUAUUACCGGUGGAGGUGUUCAUCCCUAAUGAAGAUGAAUAUUCCAUAGAUCUUUGUGAGCGGGUAUUUCCUGCUUUUGGUGCCAGUUGUUUAUUAAUGUCAAACUAUAUCAAUACGACUGAGAUUGAAGUGAAAGGGUAUCAGUUGAAAUCUAUCGCAUUGUUGUUGACUUCAUUUGAGAAUGUCUUGAUGAUGGAUUCUGAUAACUUGCCUUUGAAAAAUCCUGAUACGUUGUUUGUUAAUGAACCUUUUGUUUCCAAGCCAUUAGUGAUUUGGCCAGAUCUUUGGAGAAGAUCCACUAGUCCAAUUUUCUAUGAUGUUGCUGGUAUUCAAGUGAAUGAAACAAAUCAAGUUAGGUUUAGUUUUGGUGAUGAAAGAGAUCAUCCAGAAGGGUUGAAGACUAUAGAUGAUUUCAAUGCAAAGAUCUCGUAUCAUGAUAUUGAAGGUACUUUCCCAGAAGCAUCUUCAGAGACUGGUCAAAUCUUGAUCAAUAAGAAAAUCCAUGCAAAGACAAUAUUCUUGUCACUAUACUACAACUACUGGGGGCCAAACUAUUAUUAUCCGUUAUUUGCCCAGGGUCAAGCAGGUGAAGGUGAUAAAGAAACUUUAUUGGCAGCUGCACACAAGUUUGGUCUUCCAUAUUAUCAAGUUCAAGAGUAUAUCAGAGAAUAUGGUGAGAUUUAUGGUAAUGGUGAUAUAGAAAUUGCAGCAAUGGGUCAGUAUGAUCCAAUCCUGGAUUAUAUGCAAACAAGAAAUCCAAGCACGUUCAAGAGUGAAUUCCCCUAUGAUCGUACAAAGGACAAUUAUCUCAUGCAUAGAUUUAAGAACUCAGAGAUGUUGUUCCUCCAUUGUAAUCAACCAAAAUUGUACCCAUGGAAAAUAAAUGGAAAUGGGUUUAGACAUGUUCAUGAUGGUGAUGGGAAACCAAGAAGGUUGUAUUCCAAACUAUUAAUCAAGGAAUUGGGUUAUGAUUUUGAAGCAAGGAUAUGGGAAGCUAUGAAAUGGUUAGUUUGUGAGCAAGGUGAUUUGAAAUUGCAAGGUCUGGUAGGGGAAGCUGGUAAUUGGUGUGAAAAGGUUAGUGAUCAUUUGAGUUUUUUGAAGAAGGAUAAGCUUUGAGUAGUUUGUAAUAGUAAUGGUUAAUAAAUGUGCAGUUAUAAUAGAAUCUAGAUUAGAUCUCUAUAUCUAAGGUGUAUCACGUGACAGGUGUCUGUAUCUAGAUAUUUGCCUAAUUGGGGCAUUUCCCCAUAAUUUUAAGAUUUUCUACCCGAGAGCAUAAAAGCUUCUCGAGGAUCUAGAUCAAAGAAUCAUGGUUGUAUACUUUGUAUAAUAAUGAUGGGAACUAGGGAAUUCUAGUCCCACUUUAGGCAUUAUCGCUCAACUCCCAUCAAAGACAAUGAUAAAAUAUCAAAUGUACUUUCCUUUUGAACGUCUGGGCCAUGUAAAAGUCUGCUUGGAUCUAAACUUUUUGGUACCUGAAAAACGUGAUUAGACGAACGUUAUCAGAUAGCCUUGACACUCAUGUCACCA